AGCUUCCUGGUGCGGCCGGCAGAGAGGGAUGGCAGCCAGCCUCAGCGGGAGGACCCAGAGCAGAAGAGGGAGGGACGGAGAGAGGAAGACGGACGAGAAACAGACACGUUCACAGCACAACCGGAGACAGAGGCUCAGCCUCACGGACACAAGCGGCCAUUUCGGCUCUGGGAGCUCGGCCGGAUUCUCGGGACGCAAGCUGGGAUAGGAAGCAGCGGAGCUCCGCCGCAUUGAAAACGGAAACAAGCCCAGGGGAGCGCUGCUAUCGACGCUUAUCGGCGUGUUGGAUACCCCCCCCCCCUUCCCCGCCCCCCCUCACAGAGAGCAGCGGUCACCGGGCUGGGAGCUGCUUUGGUCCCGCUGCUGUAGUUCCUAACGGCUACCAUGGAUAGAUGACGUUUACAUAACCUCCGCUUCCUCGUUAAUUUGGACACAUUUCAUUUUUUUUUUUUUAUUAAUUUUGCUCCUUUUUUUUUUAUUUUAUCGUCGCCGAGGAUUAUCUAACGCUGCUUUGAAGCGAGCUCCGGGGCUUUUCCGAUGCAUCCCCGUCAUUAAGCCCGCACCGGCUGCUGCUGAUUCGGACUCCGGAGGAGAGAGGGGAGCCGGGGUCCGGGACCACUGCGGUAGUCUCGCAGGCCCGGGGCUUUGGAUUCUUCCCCCCUUUCCCCCCCCCUCCUCCCCAGGCACUAUGGCCGGGUUCAUACCGGGUCUGCUGCCGACGAACCACUCCCAGGAGAAGCAGUUCGCCCAGGCGUAUGAAGAUGUCCUGGAGCGCUAUAAAGAUGAGCGGGACCGGGUGCAGAAGAAAACCUUCACAAAGUGGGUCAACAAACAUCUCAUUAAGGUGAGGAAGCACAUCACCGACCUGUAUGAGGACCUGAGGGACGGACACAACCUGAUCUCCCUGCUGGAGGUCCUCUCUGGAGUCACGUUGCAACAAAAGGGCGGCCUCGCCCCUAAGAGGGCGUACGCUUGUCGAGCCCCGCCUCUCAUCCUGCUCAGAGGAGAGGAGGAGGACGACGAAGAGGAGGAGGAGGAAGGAGCUCAGGGACCCAGGGAAAAGGGACGGAUGAGAUUCCAUCGACUGCAGAAUGUCCAAAUAGCGCUGGACUUCCUCAAACAGAGACAGGUAAAACUGGUGAACAUCCGGAACGACGACAUCACCGACGGGAACCCCAAACUGACGUUAGGACUCAUCUGGACCAUCAUCCUCCACUUCCAGAUCUCUGAGAUCUACGUCUGCGGCGAGUCGGCCGACCUCACCGCCAAGGAGAAGCUGCUGCUAUGGAGCCAGCAGGCCACAGAGGGCUACCCCGGCCUCCGCUGCACCAACUUCAGCUCGUCGUGGCGCGACGGACGCAUGUUCAACGCGUUGCUGCACCGCUACAGGCCGGACCUCAUCGACAUGGAGGCCGUGGCCCGGCAGAGCAACCACCAGAACCUGGAGCAGGCCUUCGAGAUCGCCGAGUCGUUAGGGGUGACGCGGCUGCUGGACGCCGAGGACGUUGACGUUCCGUCUCCGGACGAGAAGUCGGUCAUCACGUACGUCUCCUCCAUUUACGACGCUUUCCCUAAAAUCCCCGAGGGAGGAGAGGGCAUCGCCGCGCACGAGGUGGACCAGCGCUGGUCGGAGUACCGGUCCGGGUUCUCGUCUCUGCUGCAGUGGUGCCGGCAGCAGGCGGCCCUCAUGGCCCACAGGAACUUCCCCCAGAACCCCGUUGAACUGAAGGCACUUUAUAACGAGUACAUCCAUUUCAAGGAGACGGAGAUCCCCGCCAAGGAGGCGGAGAAGUCUCACAUCGAGCACCUCUACAAGCUGCUGGAGGUUUGGGUCGAGUUCGGCCGCAUUAAGCUCCCUCACGGCCUCCAUCCCAACGAGCUGGAGGAGGAGUGGGGCAAGCUCAUCCUGGAGAUGCUGGAGAGGGAGAAGGCCCUCAGGCCGGCUGUGGAGAGGGUGGAGCUGCUGCUGCAGCGAGCCAACAAGAUCCAGAACACGGCUGUGGACUGCGAGGAGAAGCUGACCCUGGCUAAGAACACGCUUCAGGCUGACAUGUCCCGAGCCGAGAGCGGCGAGGCGGCGCAGUGCGAGGGAGAAAUGGCGUGCUACCUGCAGGACUGCGAGGCGCUGAUCAGACAAAACGAGCAGGAUCUGAAAAUCCUUCGAGAGGAGAAGUACUACCAGGUGGAUCAGCUGGCCUUCAGAGUUUCCCGCCUUCAGGAGGAGCUGGUCUCCCUCCGGCUGCAGUGCGCCAGCGUCUACAGGAAGGGCCACUUCUCCCAGGCCCUGGGCCCCACCGCCACCGAGCCGCCCUGGCAGAGAGCCACGGACGGAGGCCUGUCUCUGGGCCAGACGCUGCUGGGAGCCGUGGGAGCAGCCGGAGCCGCUCUCCUGCGGCGACCGACGGCUCGCUCCCAGCUGGUGGCGAUGUCGUCCUCGGAGGACGAAGGAAGCCUGAGAUUCAUCUACGAGCUGCUGGGAUGGGUGGAGGAGACACAGGAGCUGUUGGAGGGCGCUGAAUGGGGCGCAGACCUCGCCUCAGUAGAGAAGAACCUCCAGGAGCACAACACCAUCCACACGGCUGUGGAGGAGCUGCAGAGCAGCCUGCAGGAGGCGCGCAGCUACGAGGCCAAAGUGUCUCCAAACUUUAAAGGCAGCUACUCUGAAACCCUGGCCAAACUGGAGCACCAGUACUGCAAGCUACUGGAACAUUCGUCGUGCCGCCUGCAGAGCCUGGAGAGUCUGCACGCCUUCGUGUCUCGCUGCACCGAGGAGCUGAUCUGGCUGAACGAGCGGGAGGAGGAGGAGAUCUCCUUCGACUGGAGCCACAACAACACCAACAUGGCCGCCAAGAGGGAGAUGUACGAGGAGACGAGGUCGGAGCUGGCAGAGAAACAGGAAGUGAUCCGAUCCCUGCAGGAAACGGCCGCCCACCUCUGUGAGGAGAACCAUCCGGCCAAACAGACCGUGGAGGCCUACAGCGCCGCCCUGCAGACUCAGUGGCAGUGGGUGGAGGAGCUGUGUGUCUGCGUGGAGCAGCAUCUCAAAGACAACGCCGCCUACUUCCAGUUCAUGAGUGACGCGAAGGACUGCGAGUCGUUUCUCCGCCAGCUUCAGGAAACGAUAAAGAGGCAGUAUACCUGCGACAAGAACAGCAGGCUGAGCAAACUGGAGGACCUGCUGCAGGACUCCAUGGAGGAGAAGGAGCAGCUGAUUGAGUACCGCAGCACGGUGGCGAGCCUCGUGGGACGGGCCAAGACGGUGGUCCAGCUCCGGCUGCGCAGCGCCGAGACCCGGCUGGGCGGGGCCACGCCCGUCAAAGCCGUCUGUGACUACAAACAGAUCGAGACAAACGUUCAGAUCACGAUAAACCGGGGGGAGGAGUGUGUGCUGCAGGACAACUCUCAGAGGACCAAGUGGAAGGUGAUCAGUCCCACCGGGAACGAAGCCAUGGUGCCCUCGGUGUGCUUCACCGUGCCGCCUCCCAACCAGGAGGCCAUCGACACGUCCAACAGGGUGGAGCAGCUGUACCAGAAGGCCAUGUCCCUGUGGCAUCAGCUGCAUGUGAACAUGAAGAGCGUGGUGACGUGGCACUACCUCCUCAAAGACAUCAGGACCGUCUCUGGAUGGACUCUGGACACGGUUCGCAGCCAGAGUCCGUCGGAGCGGCAGCACGCCCUGGACCGCCUGGGCUCCCUGUUGGCCGACUUCCUGUCAGACAGCAAGGAGAGCUCGCUGUUCACGGCGGCGGAAAGGCGGGAGCUGGAGCGGCAGGUGGAGCAGGCGCAGCAGCACUGCCAGGACCUGCUGCGCAACAUGGAGACGGUGGAGAAGGACGAGUCGGUGUCCCGGUCCUUCCUGUCGGAGCUGCAGGACGUCGGCCUGCGUCUGAACGAGGCUGAGCGCAGGCUGACGAGCGCCAUCGAGACGCCGCCUCCCGGCCUCAUGUCAGGCGCCGCCGGCGGCUUGGAUAACACGCUGCAGAUCGCCGAGCAGGAGAAGCUGAAAGCCGAACUGGACGCCCUGCGCUCCAGUCUGGGCGACGUUUCUCGCCGCUGCGUCCGUUUCUUCGAGGAGAAGCCGGCGUCCUCCGGCGUCCCCGUCCUCCGCUCUGAGCUCCGUCAGGCCGUGGACAGAACCGACAAACUGCACAGCCUCUCCGCCGUCUACCUGGAAAAGUUAAAAUCGGUGGACCUCCUGAUGCGGAGCCUGGAGGAAGCGGAGAGCCAGGUGAGGAAGUACGAGGGCCGGCUGAGUGAGGAGGACGUCGUCCCUGCGGACCCCGGCGCCAUUCAGAGCCUCAUACAGCAGCUCGGGAGGUGGCAGGCUGAGCUGUCAGAGCAGGAGGACAUCUUCCAGGCUCUGCAGGUUCAGGUGGGUCGGGCCAAGGAGGCGGGAGCUGAGCUCAGCAAGCUGCACCCGGACCGCAGCCCCGAGCUGGAACGCUACCAGGAGAGAGCCAAUCAGAUGGCGGAGAGGUGGAGCGGGAUCAAAAGGCAAACGGAAACACGGCGGUCGGAUCUGGAGGUUGUGGGCUCGGCGCUGCAGCAGUACCGGGAUAACCACUCGGCUCUGAUCCGGUGGAUCGAUGAGACGACGGAGCGACAGGAGAGCGCCCAGCCCGGCCAGACGGACAGCCGGGCGCUGUCGGAGCAGCUGGCCCAGCAGACGGCAUUAGUAGCUGAGAUCGAGCAGAACCAGACCAAACUAGACGAGUGCCAGACCUACUCCAAGCAGUACUGCACCUCCGUCAAGGACUACGAGCUGCAGCUGAUGACCUACAGAGCCUUCGUGGAGUCGAUCCACAAGUCGCCGGUGAAGAGGAGGAGGAUGCACUCUUCCUCUGACGCCAUCACUCAGGAAUUUAUGGACUUGCGGACGCGCUACACCGCCUUAGUGACUCUGACAACCCAGCAUGUGAAGUACAUCAGCGAUGCUCUGAGGAGGCUGGAGGAAGAGGAGAAAGAGGUGGAGGAGGAGAAGCAGGCCAGGGUGGGCCAGGUUUCAGAGCUGCUGGGCUGGGUCAAAGGCCUCCAGGGUCGGACCGGUGGUCCCAGCGCCGAGUCCUCGCUGGCUGCUCAGCAGGCCAUCAGUGAACAGCUGGCGGGGAAGAAGGACCAGGUGGCUGAAGCUAUACGGAGCACGCAGGUCUUCCUCUGCUCCAAACAGGCCAGCAAGUUGUCCCCAGAGGAGCGUGCUCAGGUGGAGGCCCAGCUGGACGAGCUGACUUCCACCUACAACCAGCUGCGGGAGAGCUCCACCCAGCAGCUGCAGCAGCUGGAGCAGCAGCUGGCCAAAGAGGAGGAGCGAAAGGCGGUGCAGCUGCAGAAAGCCGAGUGCUCCCAGAAGCUGGAAGGUCUCAACCAGUGGUUGGCCGGAGCGGCGGGCCUGCUGGCCAGUCAGAGGGCUGGAUCCGAGUCAGGUGACGUCGGCGCCCUGCAGGAGAGGCAGAAACGACUACAGGACGUGCAGCGGGACCUGCGGUCCAAAGCCGAGGGCGUGGCUCAGGCCGUGCGCUCGGUGGAGGAGUUCCUGGCAGAGAAAGGAGACGGUCUGAGCCCAGAGGAGAGGAAGAGCCUGCAGGCGGCGCUGGGGAGGCUGAAGGAGGAGUACGGCGCCCUGACGGACUCCGCUAAUGCGUCGCUGGCACAGCUCGACGCCGCCAUCAGCACGACUGUGCAGCAGAACACACAGAGGGCGAGAGCCGUGGAGGAGCUGCAGGAGACCCAAACCCAGAUCGACUCCCUGCUGAGCUCCCUCUCCUCCUCUAACCAAGCGGACCGGAUCAAAGCAUCCGGAGACGUUCAGGACUCUCCUUCCUCGCCACCAGAGGGCGCCGUGGCGUCGCAUACAGAGAAGCUGCAGGCGGAGCUGCAGCAGCUCCAGGCUCAGCAGGCUCAGCUGCUGCAGGUCAGCCAGGCAGCUCGCUCCCUCCUGGAGCAGCCGGACGCCACCGUCCCCCCCGAGGAGAAGCAGCGGCUGCGGGCCGCCCUGGACCAGCUGCAGGCCCAGCACCAGGACCGGCUGCAGAGCUGUCAGGAGCGUCUGAGGAAGUCUGAGGCGCUGAAGGACGAGCUGACCAAGUUCCUCCAGGAACACGGAACCUUGGGUUCCUGGCUGGAACAAAGCGAGCAGGAGCUGCGUUCCCUGGGGGACGGAGAAACCGACGCACAGGGGCUGAAGGACAGGCUGGAGGAGCACAGGAAGCUCGGCGAGGACGUCAUCUGCCACAAAGCCGACCUUCGCUUCGUUUCCAUCUCCGGUCAGAAGGUUCUGGACUCGGUUCAGGGAGCUUUGGAGCAAGCGGGAGGUUCUGAUCCGGCUCUGGAAGGCACCAAGCGGCUCGUGUCUGAGAAGCUGCAGGACGCCAACCACAGAUACACGACGCUGCACACCAAGUCCGCAGAGCUGGGCGGCCGCCUGUCCGGCCUGUUGGAGCGGUACCAGCAGUACCAGGACGAGGUGGUGUCCCUUCACUCCUGGCUCAGCGCCCACGAACAGAACCAGAGCGCCACCAAGUCCGGCGGCGACACCGACCCCCAGAACCUGCAGAACGCUCUGCGGCAAGUCCAGCUGCUGCAGGACGAGCUGGCGGAGCGCUCGGUCCAGCUGGAGAAAGUGACGCGAGCUGGCAGAGACCUGGUCAGCGCCGACGAGUCUCCGUCUCUGAAGGCCGUGGACAUCCUGUGCGCUGCAGACGGUCUGGCCAAGAGGUUCGGCAGCCUGUCGGCGUCGGUGUCGGAGCGGGCGGAGCGGCUGCAGACCGCCGUGGCGCAGUCUGUCAGCGUCCAGGAGGGCCUGAAGGGUCUGCUCAGCUGGCUGGACGCGCUGGUUCUGAACCCCGGACCCGUGAAGCCCACAGCACAGGCGGUGCAGGACGCGCUGACCCAGAACCAGAAACUGCGACAGGAGCUGCUCUCCAGGCAGGGCAGCGUUGAGGCGACCCGCGACUCCGUUUCCAGACUCCUCCAGAGCUCCGACGCCUCGGCGGCUCCUGGUCUCCACGGCAACCUGGACGAGCUGACCCGGCGCUACGCCGCGGCUCAGGCCAGCCAGGCGGCGAGGGAAGCCGAGCUCAAAGGCCUGCUGCCCGCUCUGGAGAGCUACGAGCGGCUGGGGGCCGACCUCCAGGCGUUCACCCAGAGCCGGCUGAAGGCCCUGAGCCCGGCGGGCCAACCGGACCGCAGCGUGGACGACUACAGGCAGACCGUCGAGGAGGUGAAAUCGGAGCUGGAGCAGGAGGCGGGUCAGCUGAAGUCCUUCUGCAGCCUCGGCACCGAGCUCAGCCGGUCCGAAGCCCUCAGCGACGCUCAGAACCUGCUGGACAACGUCAGAGACGUCUCCGACGGGUUCACCAGGCUGGAGGAAGACGUCAGUGAAAGGUUUGCUGCCAUCCAGGCCUGUGAGCAGCAGCUCCUCCGGUUCCGCGGCCUCUCGGGUUCCCUGGCCCGCUGGCUGCAGACGGCUCAGGACCAGCUGCCCGCCAAGGAGGCCAGCCUCAACACCGAGGGUCUGCAGAGGCGGGUCCAGCAGCUGCAGGACCUGCUGAACGACUGGGACUCGCAAGGAUCCAGAAUCCGAGACCUGAACAAGACCGGGUCCGAGUUGGAGUCGCUCAUCAUCGACGUCACGGCUCCUCAGAGCAGAACCGGUGUUCCUCACAUGAACGGCUCGGCGGGCCCCAGCAGCCUGAACGGCAUCCACACCUGUAAAGACCUGACGGAGCUGCAGGUGACCGUCUCCGACGUGAACGCUCGUUACGACGCCCUGGGCGCCGACUUGAAGGAGCGUCUGGGCCGCCAGCGGGCGUCCCUGGAGCUGCGUCAGACGGCCCGGCAGAACGGCGAGGAGCUGAGGAGCUGGCUGAGCGACAGGGAGAGCAGCCUGACCCAGGGACACACCGCCUCGCCCUCUAAGCCCGAGGCGGCGCGCGCUCAGGCCGAACAAAACAAGGCGCUGCUGUCGGAGCUGGCUGAGCACUCCGGGAAGGUGGAGGAGCUGAAAAGUACGCUGAGGAAGCUGAUCGCUGAAAACCCCGAUUCUCCGGAGGCCGACGCCUGGAGGGAGCAGCUGCAGGAGAUCGACUCCCGCUGGCAGGCGGCCAAUCAGACGGCAGCGCAGCGGCAGGCGGAGCUGGAGACGUGCGCCGACCGGCUGGGCAGCUUCGCCUCGGCGGCGGGCCAGCUGGGCCCCUGGCUGACGGAGAAGGAGCUGAUGAUGAGCGUGCUGGGGCCCCUGAGCAUCGACCCCAACAUGCUGAACACGCAGAAGCAGCAGGUGCAGUUCAUGCUGCGGGAGUUUGACACGCGGCGGCCCCAGUUCGACCAGCUGACCCGCUCGGCCCGCGGCAUCCUCUCCCAGACCGCCGACUCCACCGCUCAGGACCAGAAAGAUCUGGAGGAGGUCCGCGCCGAGCUGGGCGCCAUCUCCCAGCAGUGGGAGGACCUCACCGGCAGACUGACCCAGAGGUCCAGCCACAUCGAUCAGGCUCAGGGAACCAGCGAACGCUACCAGGCUCUGCUCAGAGACCUGGCGUCCAGCGUGGCGUCCCUCAGCGAGAGGCUGGACGGCCAGGCCUCGCUCAGCGCCCGGCCCGAGGCGCUGAGGCGCCGGCUGCAGGAGACCGGGGAGGUGCGCUCGGAGCUGGAGCGGAGGCGCAGCGAGCUGGCGGAGGCCGAGAGGCUGUGCGGGGAGCUGAGCGCCAUCGUGGCCGAGCCGUACCUGAAGGAGGAGCUGAAGAAGCGGCUGGAGGGCGUCAGCGGGCCGCUGAGGAGCUUAGAGGAGAGAGCAGCCGACGGUCUCGCUCAGCUGCAGGCGGCUCUUUCCUCCACGCAGCAGUUCCAGCAGAUGUUUGAGGAGCUGCGCUCUUGGCUGGACAGGCAGUCGCAUCCCAGCGAGUCGCCGUCCGACUCCCUGCCCUGCCGACCCGACGCCGUCCGCUCCCUGCUGGCUCAGACCCAGGAGCUCCAGCGCGCCGUCGCCAGCCAGCGGGGCUCCUACGAGCUGAUCCAGGCCGAGGGCGUGUCGCUGCUCGCCACCCUGCCCGCCGACGAGCGUGCCGCCCUGCAGCCCCGCCUGGCCUCGCUCAGGCAGGACUGGGAGGGCUUAAACCAGCGGAUCACGGAGCGCGAGACCAGGCUGAGGAACACGCUGAGCAAGGCGGAGACGUACCAGCAGCACAAGGCCGAGCUCAUGCCGUGGCUGGCGGAGUGCGAGGAGAAGGACGGCGAGAUCCGGCCGUCGCUGGACCCGUCCGUCCUGGAGGACUCGCUGCAGAAGGCCCGAGCGCUGUCGCUGGACCUGGAGAGGAGGCAGCCCCUGCUGGAGGCGUUUAACGCCGCGGCCGACCAGCUGCUGGAGCAGUGCUGCGUCGGGGAGGAAGAGUUACGAGACGAGAAGGCGCAGCUGAACCGGCGUCUGGACAGCCUGAGCGAGGGCCUCCUGAAUCGGACCUCGCAGCUGGAGGAGCUCUCCAGCCGCCUGAAGGAGUUCGAGGAGGGCAGACAGGCUGUGGAGAGGAGGCUGGAGGCCGCCAAGCAUCAGAUUGAGGUCCAGGAGGCUCUGGGGCCCCAGGCGUGCAGCGCUAAAAGUCUGGAGAGGCUGAGGAACCAGCAGGAGAGUCUGAGGUCCCUGCAGCCUCAGGUGGUCUACCUGAAAGACCUGGCCCAGGGGCUGGUGCAGGACGCACCCCGGACACCAGGGGGCAGCGCUGAGGGAGCGCAGCGGCUCCAGGUGCAAGCCAAGGACACAGAGAAAGACUACGCCGAGGUCACGGAUAAGAUCGAGCAGUGCUGCUCCUCCCUGGAGUCGCGCCUGCAGGGCGUCGGCGAGGUCCAGGCUCACGUCCGGGACGUCUUCUCCCGCCUCGCCGACCUCGACGAUGAGCUCGACUCCCUGAGUCCCGUCGGACGCGACGCCGACUCCCUGGCCUCGCAGGCCGACGCCGUGAAGAGCUUCCUGUCCCGUCUGUCCGACCUGAGGACCGAGCUGGACGGACACGCCGCAGAGUGCACCUCCAUGCUGAGGAGGGAGGGCUCCUCGCCCGACCUGCUGGCUCUCAGACGGGAGACGGAGGCGCUGAGCCGCCAGGCCGGGAAGCUGAGUGAGCGCGGCCAGGCCAGGCUGGGUCAGAUCGAGGACGCCGCAGAGAAAGUCCAGGACUUCUACCGGCUGGUGGCGGAGCUGCAAGGCAUGCUGGGAAGAGCCGAAGAGGGGCUGAACUCGCAGGGAGCGGUCGGCACGGAGGUGGAGGCGAUCAAACAGCAGCUGCAGGAGCUCAAGGCGGUGGAGCGUGAGCCGGUGGACGGCAUCCAGCCGAAGCUGCAGCACGUCAACGCCGUGGGUCAGGGUCUCAUCCAGAGCGCCGCCAAGCACACCGACACCCAGGCGCUGGAGCACGACCUGGAGACCACCAACCUGCGGUGGAACUCGCUCAACAAACGGGUUGCAGAACGGAUCGCCCAGCUGCAGGAGGCCCUGUUGCAUUGUGGGAAGUUUCAGGACGCGCUGGAGCCUCUGCUCAGUUGGCUGAGCGACACGGAGGAGCUGGUGGCCAAUCAGAGGCCUCCGUCUGCUGAGUACCGCGUGGUGAAGGCUCAGAUCCAGGAGCAAAAGCUGCUGCAGCGACUGCUGGACGACCGCAGGCCGACGGUGGAGAUGAUCCGCGCAGAGGGAGCGAGGAUCGCCGCCACGGCAGAUUCCCAGGACCGAGAGAAGAUCCAGAGCCAGCUGCAGAGUCUGACGCAGAGAUGGUCGGACCUGCUGGACAAGGCCAGCGGCAGGCAGCGGCAGCUGGAGGAGCUGCAGGUUCUGGCUCUUCACUUCCACGAAGCCCUUGAGCCGCUCGGAGAGUGGCUGAGCGCCACCGAGAAGCGCCUGAGCUCCGCCGAGCCCAUGGGAACCCAGACGGCCAAGAUCAGCCAACAGAUCGUCAAGCACAAGGCGCUCCAAGAGGACGUGUCCUCCAGAGAAGCGGAGGUCGACCGCCUCGAGUCCCUCAGCCAGUCGCUGUCGCCGCUCAGCUGCGCGGCCGACCGGGAUUGGCUGCGGGAGCGCGUGGGCGCGGUGAGGUCGGGCCACUCCGAGCUCGCCGACUGGUGCGCUCGGCGGGCGGCCAUGCUGGAUCAGGCGCUGGCCAACGCGCAGCUCUUUGGCGAGGAGGAGGUGGAGGUGCUGAACUGGCUGGCGGAGGUGGCUCAGAGGCUGGCUCAGGUGUCGGUGCAGAGCUACCUGCCCCAGCCGCUGGCCGAGCAGCACAAGCACACACUGGCUCUUAACGAGGAAAUCCUGAGCAGGAAGAAAACUGUCGACCAGGCCAUCAAGAACGGCCAAUCUUUACUCAAGCAGACCACAGGUGAGGAAGUCCUCCUCAUCCAGGAGAAGCUGGACGGCAUCAAGUCUCGCUACGCCGAGAUGACGGCCGGCAGCAGCAAGGCCCUGCGCACCCUGGAGCAGGCGCUGCAGCUCUCCACGCGAUUCGCCACGGCACACGACGACAUCAACCAAUGGCUGGACGGCGUGGAGGCGGAGCUUAACAACGUGGAGCCUGACGCCUCACCUGCCUACCAGGAGAGACAGAAGGAGCUGAAGAAGGUGUCGGCGGAGAAGCGCCUGGUUCUGGACACGGUCAACGAGGUGGGCAGCGCCCUGCUGGACCUGGUGCCAUGGAGGGCCCGCGAAGGCCUGGACCGGCUGGUGGCCGACGCCAACCAGCGGUACCGGCACGCCGACGAGACCAUCACUCAGCGGGUGCAGCUGGUGCAAGCCGCCAUCCAGAGGUCGCAGCAGUACGAGGAGGCGGUGGACGCAGAGCUGGCCUGGGUCGGCGAGACGGAGCGUAAGCUGGCGUCUCUGGGGCCCCUGAGUCUGGAGCCCGACGUGACGGUGGCUCAGCUGCAGGUGCAGAGGGCCUUCAACAUCGACAUCAUCCGGCACAAAGACACCGUCGACCAGCUGCUCGGCGUCAGGGACGAGGUGCUGGAAGCCUGCAGCGAGGCGCAGAAGGACGCCCUGACGGUGAAGACGGAUUCUCUGAGCGCACGCUACGAGGCGGUGAGCCAGAGCCACAGCGAGCGGUUCUCGGCCCUGGAGCAGGCCCAGGUCCUGGUGGCUCGGUUCUGGGAGACCUUUGAGGAGCUGGAGCCGUGGCUGGGCGAGACCGAAGCCCUCAUCGCCCAGCUUCCCCCGCCGGCCAUCGACACGGACGCCCUGCGGCUGCAGCAGGACCAGAUGAGGCUCCUCAGGGAGUCCAUCGCCGAGCACAAGCCCCACAUCGACAAGCUGCUGAAGAUCGGACCUCAGCUGGCGGAGCUCAGCCUCCAGGAGGGGGCGACGGUGAGGCAGCGCUACACGCAGGCGGAGAGGCGCUACCUGGCCAUCAAAGAGGAGGUGAAAGGUCGCGCCACAGGUCUGGAUGAGGCGGUGUCUCAGUCUGCACAGCUGGUCGAGUUCCACGAUAAGAUGGACCCGCUGCUGGAGACUCUGGAGGGGGCGGUGCAGCGGCUCCGGCAGCCGCCGCCGGUCGCCGCCGAGGUGGAGAAGAUCCGGGAGCAGCUGGCGGAGCACCGCGCUCAGGGGCUGGAGCUGGACAAGCUGCUGCCCAGCUUCUCCGCCCUCUGCUCCCGCGGCGAGGAGCUCAUCGGCCGAGCGGCCCACGACGACCCGGCCGCUCAGGCCGUUCGCUCCCGCCUCCUGCGCCUGCGCUCCCUCUGGGACGAGAUCCGCCAGCGAGCCGAGGAACGGGAGAGCAAGCUGAACGACGUGCUGGACCUGGCCGGGAAGUUCUGGGCCGACGUGGCGGCUCUACUGAGCACGCUCAGAGACUCCCAGGACAUCGUGAGGGAGCUGGAGGACCCCGGCGUGGACCCGUCGCUCAUCAAACAGCAGAUCGAAGCGGCCGAGGCCAUCAAGGCGGAGACGGACGGCCUGAGGGAGGAGCUGGAGUUCGUGCGGACGCUCGGGGCUGACCUCAUCUUCGCCUGCGGGGAAACCGAGAAACCCGAGGUCAAGAAGACCAUAGAUGAGAUGAACGGUGCCUGGGAGGGUCUGAACCGAACGUGGAGGGAGAGGAUGGAGAGGCUGGAGGAGGCCAUGACCGCCUCAGUUCAGUACCAGGACGCCCUGCAGUCUAUGUUUGACUACCUGGAUAACGCCGUGAUCAAACUCUGCGACAUGUCGACGGUCGGCACUGAUCUGGGAACCGUCAAGCAGCAGAUAGAAGAACUCAAGCAGUACAAGGUGGACGUUUACCAGCAGCAGAUCGACAUGGAGAAGCUCUGCCACCAGGGGGAGCUGCUGCUGAAGAAAGUGUCGGACCAGACGGACCGGGACAUGAUCCAGGAGCCGCUGACAGAACUGCGACACCUCUGGGAGAACCUGGGCGAUAAAAUCACCCAAAGACAGCACAAGCUGGAGGGCGCCCUGCUGGCUCUCGGUCAGUUCCAGCACGCCCUCUCCGAGCUGCAGGCCUGGCUGAGCCACACCCACACCACCCUGGACACGCAGCGGCCCGUCAGCUCCGACCCCAAAGCCAUCGAGAUCGAGCUGGCCAAGCACCACGUGUUGCGUAACGACGUGCUGUCCCACCACGCCACGGUGGAGACGGUGAACAGCGCCGCCGCCGAGCUGCUGGAGUCCUCGCCGGGCGACGAGGCCAGCCACCUGCGGGAUCAGCUGGACCAGCUGAACCGGAGCUGGGAGAGUCUGCUGUUAAAAACCCAGGAGCGACAGAAACUCCUGGAGGCCGCCCUGCAGCAGGCUGAAGGUUUCCAUGGAGAGCUGGAGGAGUUCCUGCAGUGGUUGAGGAGGACGGACAGCCAGCUGUCUGCAGCCAAACCAACAGGAGGCCUUCCAGAAACAGCCAGAGAGCAGCUACAGCAGCACUUGGAGCUGCAGGCUCAGCUGAGCCAGCGGGCGGAGCAGUACCACCACCUGCUGGACCAGGGCGAGUCCAUGCUGCUGGCCCGCGGAGGCGAGGAGGCGGGGCCCGGGACCACCCAGACCCAGCAGAACCUGGCCAUGCUGCAGAACAAGUGGGCCAGUCUCAACACCAAGAUGGAUGACCGCAGAGUGAAGCUGGAGGAGGCGGUUUCUCUGGCUACAGGUUUUCAGACGUCUCUCCAGGACACGAUCAACUGGCUGACGCAGGCUGAGCAGACGCUGAACAUGGCCCAACCCCCCAGCCUCAUCCUGGACACCGUCCUCUUCCAGAUCGACGAGCACAAGGUGUUUGUGAACGAGGUGAACACCCACAGAGAGCAGGUCCUGGCUCUGGAGAAGGCCGGCUCCCAGCUUCGCUUCGCCAGUCUGAAGCAGGACGUGGUCCUGAUCAAGAACCUGCUUCUCAGCGUCCAGGCCCGCUGGGACAAGCUGGUUCAGAGGUCCCUGGACCGGGGCCGACAUCUCGACGAGGCCCGGAAACGAGCCAAACAGUUCCACGAGGCCUGGAGGAAGCUGACAGACUGGCUGGAGGAAGCAGAGAAAAGACUCGACUCCGAGGUGGAGAUCUCCAACGAGCCAGACAAGAUCAAAGUCCAGCUGACCAAACACAAGGAGUUUCAGAAAGCGUUGGGAUCCAAGCAGCCUGUUUACGACACUACGGUGAGGUCCGGCAAGGCCAUGCGGGACAAAGCCCAGCUGCCUGCAGACCAGCAGAAACUGGACCACCUGGUGGGGGAAGUGCGGGACAAGUGGGACACCGUCUGUGGCAAGAGCGUUGAAAGGCAGCACAAGCUGGAGGAGGCGCUGCUGUUCUCGGGUCAGUUUGCCGAAGCUCUUCAGGCUCUGGUGGACUGGCUGUACCGAGUGGAGCCCCAGCUGGCUGAAGACCAACCCGUUCACGGUGACAUGGACUUGGUGUCCAACCUCAUGGAUGCACACAAGGCUUUCCAGAAAGAACUGGGCAAGCGGACCGGCAGCGUUCAGGCUCUGAAGCGGUCGGCGCGGGACCUGAUGGAGACGGGCCGGGAUGACACGGCGUGGGUCAAAGUUCAGCUGCAGGAGCUCAGCAAUCGCUGGGACACAGUGUGCGCCCUGUCUGUCACCAAGCAGACCCGCCUGCAGCAGGCGCUCAAACAGGCGGAGGAGUUUCGCACGGCGGUGCAGAUGCUGCUGGAGUGGCUCUCGGAGGCAGAGCAGACGCUGCGCUUCCGCGGCGUCCUCCCCGAAGAGGCGGAGACUCUGCAGGCGCUGCUGCACACGCACCGGGACUUCAUGGGCACGGUGGAGGAGAAGAGGACCGACGUGAACAAAGCUGCCGGCAUGGGAGAGGGCAUCCUGACCGUCUGCCACCCCGACUCCAUCACCACCAUCAAACACUGGAUCACCAUCAUCAGGGCGCGCUUCGAGGAGGUGCUGACGUGGGCCAAGCAGCACGAGCAGCGGCUGGAGACGGCGCUGACGGAGGUGCUCAACAACGCCAACCUGCUGGAGGAGCUGCUGUCAUGGCUGCAGUGGGCGGAGACCACGCUGGUGCAGAGAGACACCGAGCCGCUGCCUCAGGACAUCCCGCAGCUCAAAACGCUCAUCACCGAGCACCAGACGUUCAUGGAGGAGAUGACCAGGAAGCAGCCGGACGUGGACAAAGUGACCAAAAGCUACAAAAGGAAACCGGCGGAGCCUCCGAGCAGCCUGGCUGAGAGGAGAGGCGCCCGCAAACACCAGCAGCAGCAGCAGCAGCAGCAGCAGCCCAGCAUGCAGGUCUCAGGCGGAAACCCGCGGCUCACCCAGCUCUGUGCGCGCUGGCAGCAGGUGUGGCUGCUGGCUCUGGACCGCCAGCGCAAACUCAACGACGCUCUGGACCGGCAGGAGGAGCUGCGAGAGUUUGCCAACUUUGACUUUGACGUGUGGAGGAAGAAGUACAUGCGCUGGAUGAACCACAAGAAGUCCCGCGUCAUGGAUUUCUUCCGACGCAUCGACAAGGACCAGGAUGGAAAAAUCACGCGGCAGGAGUUCAUCGACGGCAUCCUGGCCUCCAAGUUCCCAACCAGCAAGCUGGAGAUGUCGGCCGUGGCGGACAUCUUUGAUCGAGACGGCGACGGUUACAUCGACUACUACGAGUUUGUGGCGGCGCUUCACCCCAACAAGGACGCCUACAGGCCGACCACCGACGCCGACAAGAUAGAGGACGAGGUGACCCGGCAGGUGGCCCAGUGCAAGUGUGCCAAGAGGUUCCAGGUGGAGCAGAUCGGCGAGAACAAAUACAGGUUCUUCCUCGGAAACCAGUUCGGCGACUCGCAGCAGCUGCGUCUGGUCCGGAUCCUCCGCAGCACGGUGAUGGUGCGGGUCGGAGGCGGCUGGAUGGCUCUGGACGAGUUCCUCGUCAAGAACGAUCCGUGCAGAGUGCAACAUCCAGGACUUAAGAUCCUCCGCUCCGAUUCCAGUAGCUCCAUUUCAUCUCGUAUAGUGACGGUCACUCCUGGCUAUUUCUGCUGCCGAGCUCGAGGUCGCACCAACCUGGAGCUGAGGGAGAAGUUCAUCCUUCCUGAAGGAGCGUCUCAGGGCCUGGCUGCCUUCCGCUCGCGGGGCAGGCGGUCCAAACCGGGCUCCCGCAACGCCUCGCCCACCCGCUCUUCGUCCUCGGCCUCCCACAGCGGGGCCUCCCUCCCCUCGGCUCCCUCCACCCCCGCCACGCCCACGGCUUCAGCGUCGUCCAGGUCCUCCCAAACCCACUCGCGUGACUAUGCCAAGCCCUGGCUUGCUCACAGUAAAACUCCAACGCCAUCCAAGUGCCACUGCUGCCCAGAUCUCGGUCUCAGCCACAGCGCUCCUGGGCACGAGGGGGCGGCGUCGGGGUCCAAACUGAAGAGGCCGACGUUCCACUCGAGCAGAGGGUCGCUGACCGGAGAGAACGGAGGAACGCCGCACGGCGGCAAACGCACAGAUCCAAAGCGGGGGGCGGCGCCAGCCAGCGGUCCCACCAGCCGAGCCGGCAGCAGGGCGGGCAGCAGGGCCAGCAGUCGGCGCGGCAGCGACGCCUCCGACGCCUCGGAGCUCCAGGACGCUCGCUCCGUCUGCUCCGACACGUCGGACACGCCCAGGCGACCCGGCAGCGCCGCCAAACCCUCCAAGAUCCCAACGAUCUCAAAGAAGGCCCCCAGCCCAAAGGGGCCCGGGUCUACAAAGAAGUAGAUGCGGCCGCAGAGACACGAGGAAACGUUGCUGUCCCUCGUAUUUCCUUCACUCAGAAAGUGCGUAAAUCUGGACGUCCAUCCAGAGGGCUUGUCUGAGAAAUUCUGCACUAUGACUGACGGGUUUCCAGGGAAGGGAGGAGACGGUGGUCUGAGUUAGUCUCCCUCUCGCUCCUUCCCCAGUCUGUGAACAUGCACAAGAGAACAGAUCUGGCCCGGUUGUCCCAGACCAGAAUCUGUGGGGUCAACGCCAACUCUUCCCCUUUAAGACCCCAGUUUGCCUUCCAGUCUCCUCCUCAAAACGUUCCCUGAGACACGGACCGACGUGAUGCUGCCUUACUUUAUGUUACACUCACCGUGUCCUGGUCAGACAGGGUGACGCACGUUGACCUGCUUUAUACUGACAAACACACGUUUUCCCAGAGAGGCGUGGCGUGGCACCGGGGCACGCCACCACCACAGCUACACAAACAGAAAAAGAAUUGUGGGAGAAUUAUUUUUACUUGUGGUCCGGAUGCCUCGAGGAUGCGUCGACAAAAGAAAAUAUGCAACGACUGCCAUGUCGCUUCCUGCGGACCGACUGGCGAGAAAACAGUCACCUCAGCAGGGGCGAGCUGAGGAAACGCGGCGCGGCGCGCACACAGACGCUGUGAGGGAGCGGCGGAGGUGGAGGUGGUGCUGCGGCGGAGGCCAGACACCCUCACGCUGAAGCAGACUCCUCCCAACCGCUGGAACGCUCCUGUUAGCCACAUGCGUGCAUUUCAGCAAAGGGCGGCGCGGCUGUGUUUUCUUUUUUUUCUUCUUCUUCUGUUACACAAUCCGACGCAUUCACAGAGAAGGAAAAUCACAACCUAGCAAUAGAAAGGACUAUUUUUAAUGGUGACAACUAACAGCACAUAACUGACAAUAUACGACAUGUGUAACCUUAACAUGAUGUUAACGAGCGUGUUCGCAGAGUUCGACGACCAGCAUGCACUAACUCUCUGCCGCCGGCGCCGCACGCGUUGUGUGUUUCUGUUACAGGAAGCAGCAGACGUCCCCCGACUCGAGUCACUGUAUGCAAAAAUUUUAAUUUGCAAAUGUUUUGUUUUCUGAUUAAUUUAUAAUCCAGUUGGGACUUUUUGUUUGUUUAGCUUGAAAAGACAAGAUUUAUUUAUUUUUCAGUUUUACGUCAUAUCACCGUCGGCAGAGCGUGGUUUAGUAUUAUGGUUAAAAAAAAGAAUAUGAUUUUUUGUACCAAGAAGAUGCCCACUCCGCUCUUUUUUUUGUUUUGUUUUGUUUUGUUUUUUUGACAUGGUUUGUGUGUAAAAGUGUGUUUCUGCUCCAUUGUGACAUUACAUUACUCACCAGAGCGCCCACUAGUGGCAGUGCGGUUGUUAAAUUGUCUCUAUCGCUAACAGCUACGUUUUCCUGACCAAAGGGGUUUGCCCUUCAUGUGUAGAGAUGAACCACAGAUAUGAAUGACGGGGGACAGGAAGGAGGAGUCUCCUCGUUUGUGUCCCUCUCCAGUGUGUCUUCUUCUAGGCUUUUUUUUUUUCCUAAUGUCCUUUCGGGGACGGAGCCGAGUUGUCUAAGUGUUUUCUCAAUCGAAGAGAUGAAGUUUAUGGAGACUAAUGAAAUUACAUCAAGGAGACAUCCUAGGGUGAUUUUUAUUUAUUUAUUGUCUCUCUGAGGGGGAGGGAUGGGGUUCCUGGGGGUGGAGAUGAUUAGUCCACCCCCUUUUUGAUGCUGCGCUCCUCUCAGUGUGAAGAAGUCAACAGGGAGGGGGGUGUUACAGGGAGUCACUUGUGUAAAAUUAAAACAAUAAACUAAAAUUAUAAACUUUUUUCUGUUUUUGUAUUAAAAAAAAGUAUGCUUGCAAUAAAA